GUUAUGGCUCCCAGAGAUUCAAAGAGCAACCCAGAGAGCCCAAGGGCCCUUCUUUGGCCGAUCACCCACCUGCGUGGUUCUGUUUGCUCCAGUUCGGUCAGUGUGCAUGAGCCGUGAAAGGCAAAAGCUGAGGAGUUAUGUCAGCAGCUCGCGACUCAUGCUCUGGAAGGCGAAGGCAGUCCAUAACUCUUUCCCCCCGCCUCGAGGGUUUUGUCGUGCUCGCGGGCAUCGGUACACUGAUGAUGAUGAUGAUGAUGAUGAUGAUGAAGAUCGUGAGGGUGACGAUCGUGCUGCUGCUGCUGCUGCUGCUGAUGAUGAUGAUGCUCAUGAUGAUGGUGAUGAUGAUGAUGAUGAUGAUGGUGAUGCUGAUGAUGAUGAUGACCAUGAAGAUCGUGAGAGUGACGAUCGUGCUGCUGCUGCUGCUGCCGAUGAUGAUGACAAUGAUGAUGAUGAUGGUGAGCACGAUAACAGAGAUAAGGAUGACCAUGAUGAUGCUUUUGGGGAUGUGAGAGUGAUGAUGGCGACGACAAUGACGGAGAUCUGCUGACCUGAUUUAUAUGAUGGUAAGGUUACUUACGAUGGCGAUUGGUCGGUUGAUGUGAUGAUAUCGGGGACGCUGACAACUGCAAUGCAUUCACAAAU